UUGCAAAUACACGAGCACCGUUCUUCCUUCAAGGAUCAGCAUCAGGUGCUGAAAAAGAGGCACAAGAAGAAGACCUGGAAUGAUAAACGGCUCUUGCACCUUCCAAAUCACUUUGCUCUCAGCUGAGACGAGAAGCGUGGGACUUCAGAUACUCACUUGCUAGCAGGCUAUGUUUACAUGAUGGAUAAGCAAGCAGCAGUGAAGCAGCCCACAGAUAUGUCUGGUGUAUAAACUGCAUAUAAACCGGUCUUGCCUUUGCCUUCAUGAGGAUGUUGACCAACAGAUUUAUGUAACUGCAUCUCCAGUGACCGCAGAACACUUCAGCUCAAGGAUCCCCUUCUCCGUUCUCCGCGCUACUGUCGUGAAGCGCCACUUCACGGCACGGGAGCGCACUCGGCUCCCCGCGGUCAGCAUCGCUGCCGCGCCGAGGAACCCUGGCAGCUGCGCAGCUGGCAGAGCUGGUGGGCUCAGAUGCUGUGGGGAAGCAUGCACGCUUGAUCGCAGCCCGAGCUCGUGACUUAUUCUACACUUAAGGGUCAGAAUAGCUUCCUCCUUUCAUUUCUGUUCCACAGUUACGUUUCUGUUAAUUUUGCAGAGUUACAGGACCAAUUACAGAAAAUAGAUGCAUACAGCAAGAAUAGUUCUAUUUAUGUUACCUACAGUAAGAAAGGGAAAGAUGCCAACAGCCACAGUAUCUUCGCAAGCCCUGGGCUGUAAGAUGUGACACUGGGUAUCAAGUAAAACUGUUCAGCUGGAAAUGAGCUGAGGCAGCUCGUAGGAAGUUACACUACAAUAUAUGCCUGCCAGUUUUCAGCAAUCCAGAAAGACGAUGGUCAUGCUUAACAGGCAGUAAAAGACCUAAAAAUUAUAUAUAUAUAUGUGCACAGAUAUAGGUAUAUGGGAAGAUAAAUGAGGCAGAAAGGAAAAAAAAUUGGGAAUGAUGCACAUUGUUUUUUUUUAAAUGAUAGUAUUUUGGGAAAGUCUCCACCUUAAAACAUCAUAUGAUCUCAGAAAUAAAGUCCAAACCCUUCGCUUUAGCCUAUAGCCUUGAUGGUCUGAGGCUAACCAAACUUCCAAGAAAACGAAGGAAAAUAUUACCUUCCAGUAACUUACACUGGCAGUUUUCUGUUAGUGAGCACUUAUCAGAAGAUUUUUGCUUCUCUAUUUGAUAGUUUUUAGCAAGCAAACGCCAAGUGACUGUGGAUGAAAGCGGAAGCAGCUUGACCGAAGGACACCGUCACCUAACACAACUUCUGGGCAAAAAAGAAGGGAAGAAAUCUGCGCCCGGGGUCUCUAUCAUGCAGCAGCUGGAUCAAUCAUCAUCGCCUUCCCAGUUGUUUUAACUUCGUUAGCCAUACACAUUUUGUGCGGCAAGAGAAACAAAAUACAAGAUUUCCUGCUCUGGGAAAACAGAGCUGUACUGGGCUGCAGACGCCGGUGGGAGUCCAGAGCUCCGGAAACAUGUGGAAGUUUAACGAGCAGCCGCUGGGGCUGGGAUUGCUGCGAAAACCGGUAGGAAAUAAAAGCAGAAAGCUCGCUCCUCCUGCUCUCUAGCAUGGAUGUCACCCCCCCGAAGGAUGGGAGUCACAGGAAGAAACCCUCCACCCACCUCAAUCGCCUCAAGUGAAGAGACUCAGCCAAGAUGGAGAGCAACGUGUCCUCCGGGAACUGUACUGACCCCCAGAUAUCCUUCCAGUCCACCCUGUACGCAACCACCUACACCAUCAUAUUCAUCCCCGGCCUCCUGGCAAACGGUGCUGCCCUGUGGGUCUUGUGCCGCUUCAUCAGCAAGAACAAACCCGUCAUUUUCAUGAUCAACCUGGCCGUGGCCGACCUGGCUCACGUCCUCUCGCUGCCCUUACGGAUGUAUUACUACAUAAACCACACUUGGCCGUUUGGAAGCUUUCUCUGCCAGCUGUGCUUCUACCUGAAGUAUCUCAACAUGUACGCCAGCAUUUGCUUCCUCACCUGCAUCAGCGUCCAGCGGUACCUCUUCCUCCGCCAUCCCUUCAAAGCCAAGGACUGGAAGCGGCGGUACGACAUAGCCAUCAGCGCUGCCAUCUGGCUCGUCGUCGGGGCGGCGUGCUUUCCUCUGCUAGUAGUGAGGAACCCAGCCCUCUCCAACAGCACAAACAGGUGCUUCUCAGACCUGGGGGUGAAGCAGAUGAGCCCAGGAGCCUCCAUCGCGCUGGUGACGGUGGCGGAGCUGUUUGGGUUCGUCCUCCCCUUGGGCAUCAUUGCCGGCUGCACUUGGAAGAUGUGGCAGUCCCUGCGGGAGUGCCCAACGCAGCUGCAAAACACCAGCGAGAAGCAGAAGGCUUUGCGCAUGGUCUUGAUGUGCGCGGCCGUCUUCUUCAUCUGCUUCACCCCCUACCACAUCAACUUCCCUUUCUUCAUGAUGGUGAUAGAGAACAUCAUCCAGGACUGCACCAUUCACAGGAGCAUGCUCCGCUUCCACCCCAUCUCCCUCUGCCUGGCGAGCCUCAACUGCUGCCUGGAUCCGGUCCUCUACUACUUCAUGACCUCCGAGUUCCAGGACCAGCUGCUGCGCCACAGCUGCGCCACCCUGCGAGCUUGGUUCACGUGCAGCGGGAGCAGCCACUCCAUCGCUGAAACUGACCAUGACAUUCGUACGAAGAGGAGAAAUCUUCCGCGCUUUAAGUUUUGGUCUCUUCCCAAGUUCUUUGGCCGAAUAAACAGCAUGGAAAUCCCUGCCACGCCGCCCGACGAGCUUCUGCUGGAGUCCAUCUCUUGAAGUGUAAGCCAUUUGUCUCCACGUAGGUGCUUCUCAUAGCUUGAGUGAAGAUUGCUUUAGGUCUCCAAACAUACCUUGAAUUACCCGUGUGUGCAACAGAUGCCAGAACGUGGCACAGAAGGAUAUUUUGAUGGAAAAAAAAGGUUUGCUGGUUGUGUUGUCACUGUUGGGGACUGUUUGCCUUACGACAUUCUCUGUUACAUUAUUGUUAAAAUACCCGAAGAAGCCGUCGCCGAUGCCAGUAUUUCUCUCGUGCUGAACUGCAGCUGGUUUUGGGUCCCUCUCGUUUCUGCUGUCUCAGCGCUUCUACGUAUUUGUCAUUUUUUAAAAUCCUUCUAAAUCCCGAGUUGUAAGCGGGUGGCUCUGCCUCAGUGCAGCUCAGGGAGGUAGCACCAGGGGAGUCUCAGUCCCAACCACAGCUAUCCGCAGCCCGUGAUGACUUACAGCAUCCACGGCGCUCGCGUGAGGCUCUAGAUCAGGACAGUUAAUUAUCUCCUUGUAAACUGAACCUCUUUCCAUUGCAAAAAAAAAACAAACAGUCAGUCAUCUGCAUGUAAUCUAGCCUAAUCUGGACCACAAGACCAUAAUACUCUUUGCUUGAUACAAGUGGGUAAAGUUAACCUAUAUCCACAUCAGUGUUAAAGGGAGUUUUCAAACUGGGGUCAGCUCACGCCAUUGAAAAAGGCACCCAGAGCUGAGGAAGGGAGCCCGCCUGGCCCCCAGGAGCUACGGGAUGCUCAGCUGAUUACGGGGGGAUGGAUACUUGGAAGACAGACUGUGACUGGAUAUGCCACGAGCGAAGAGGAGGAAGGACAAAGGAUGGCUCCCAGGGCACGCCUGCCCGCAGGGACCCAAGGCAAGCCUCACAAGGAAGGACUACUAGCUGGCAUUGCCAUCUCGUGUCACUAUUAGGAGUUUUGUGCUAUUUGUUCUUUUGCUAAAGCCUGUGGUUGUAAAUUAAGGUAUUCCCCGAGCCUCUCAGUUUUGCUUUAAAAAACAGAAAAUGUCCCAGCCUUUGCCUGGGUACCGAGAAAAGGUUACAGAACUGACACAAGCGCAUCCCUUAAGGCUUCAAACCUGGGAGGAAAUAAAGUUACCUGAACAUA